UACUUUUCUUCACCUAACGUACUCGUACAGUAGUGUUGCGCCUCUGCCAUCUGCCGCUUUAGGACGCGCAAAACAAAUUGCCGUCCUGACCUCUUUUCUCCUCCUCCACCUCCGCACCACCCGAAGCAGCUCUCGGUAUAGCUAUUGCUGGUUUGUACUGUACUGCGAGUCUCCCCACCAAUUAGAGCUCUGUACUCGUACUGGUCAUUCUUCUCGAACCCUUCAAGCACCAGACCGUCUCUUCCGACUCUAUUCACCACCUUUCCCUGCGUAGCUGCGACACCGCAAGGCCAAGCUUUCGCACCUGCUCUAGUCCCUUUGCCUAAGCAUCAUCACCACCUCCAUCACCAGCGAUAAAUCAAAAGUUCAAUAGACGCUCUUCCAGCAAUGUCGGGGCAGAAUCCUUAUUCGCAAGGCCCUACCCAGGAGUCUGGCUACGGCGGCGGCGGCUAUGGUCAGCUGAACCCAUAUGCCACCAAUACGAGCGACAACGCUUCGCCGUACAACACCGGCAACAAUUAUGAGCUGCAGGAUUACAACAACCAGGGCGCCGCCGGCAAUGGCUACUCCCAGGAGCAGGGCGCCCGGCCUUCUGUUCUGUCACAGCAAGACUUCCUCAGCCGCGUGCAGACCCUGCGCAACGACAUCAAGGCCCUGACUGGCGACAUUGACUUCAUUGGACAGCUGCAUCAGCGCACCCUCAGCGCUACUGACCAGGAUGCGAACGAGCAGCUGGAUCACUACGUUGCGCAGACGCAAAUCCGCAACACCGCCAUCAAGGACGGCAUCAAGGGCCUUGAGCGCGACCUGCUCAAGACAACAGACGCCUCUCGCACCACUAAGCAGACCCAGCUCGAGUCGCUCAAGACCUUUUUCAAGUCCGAGCUCGACAAGUACCAGAGCAUUGAGCGCGACUACCAGGCGCGCUACAGGGAGCAGAUUGCGAGACAGUACCGCAUCGUGAACCCGGAAGCGUCGGAGGAUGAGGUGCGACAGGCCACAGAGGCCGACUGGAGCAAUGAGGGUGUUUUCCAGACAGCUCUUCGCUCCAACAAAACUGGUCACGCUGCCUCUCUGCUUGGCAAUGUGCGUGCUCGCCACAAUGAGCUCCAGCGCAUCGAGCAGACUCUCUCCGAGCUCGCUCUCCUCUUCCAGGAACUUGCUGCCAUGGUUGAGCAACAGGAGAACGUGGUUGUUGCCGCCGAGGUAAACGCCGAGAACACAGUCCAGAACAUUGAGAAGGGCAACGAGCAAGUCAGCCAAGGUAUCGAGCAUGCCCGCCGCACCCGCCGUCUCAAAUGGUGGUGCGCCUUCAUCGUCUUCCUCAUUUGUCUCGCCAUCGCUCUCGGUGUUGGUCUCGGCGUGGCCUUGACCAAAAGCCAUUAAUCGGUCUUGACCACCAUCUGGCCAAAUGUUCCGGAUUUGCGUUUGUUCCUUUUCUUAUUUCUCAAACUUCAAAGGGGGGGCCUCUUUCUAUGGCUCACGGGGCGUAAUUAAUUUUCCUUUUUUUUUCCUUCUUAGACCAUG